GUACCAAUAAUUUGUUGUUGGCAGUUAAAUUCCGUUGUUGCGCGUUUCAUUUUGUGUUGCCGGCAGUCUUGAUUUAAACAAUCACGUGAUAGUAACCAGCACGUUCUUAAACGAUCUUGAAAAAUUUCCGUCCCUAUUGUUGAAAUUUGUAGUGCAAAUAGCUAUACAACAACAAUAUAUAUUACGCAAUUAUAGUUUAAAAUUUAAAUAGUUUGUGUGAAUAGAAUCCCUACUUAUAUUAAAAUGUCAGAGAGUGGUGAAACAAAGAAAAAGUACAACACUGGAGGAUCUUCUAAAAAGUAUUUACCUUCCUUCUUUUCCGAAGCAGACUGCAUUGUUGGUUUGCAUAAUUAUGAUCCCUUUGAUCAACAACCCUUGCUCACACCUGAUGAAGUUGUCAUCUCAACAAAGAAUUUGGUUUUUGAAAAGUACAAUGGAGAGAAUCACUUGUUGAGCUCACUCAAGUAUACAUUGCGUGUGUGCACUGUGAAUUGUGGCUUACCCAAUCUAUGGGUAAAAAUUGAAUUAGUAUGUGGCAAUACCAAUACUCCAAUUUUUUGUGUUAAAAAGGAAAGAAAAGGCAAGAGAGGUAUUAAAGGUAGAUGUUAUCAAGAAUUUGACGUUUCAAAGCACGGAUACAACAAAGCCAAGCUGGAGUUUAGGUUCAGAGAAAC